CGCUCUCCGGUACGUUGAUGCCCUGCUUUGCUCUCUGUUCCGUGUUCCGCUCUCACUCUGGCCUCACAGACACUGAGAUUGCAGGAUCGUUUGGAAAUUUGGUUUUUAAUGUGGUGGACGAAUUAAUAAUAUAAACUUUAAAGCCCAUCAAAAACCAGACAACGAUACGUCGAGCGUCUGUGGAUGUAAUUUUGAAUUUUUUUCCUCCCAAGUUUGGGAACUGCGUUGCCAACCGAACGACUCCUGUCCUGCGCUGCAGCUCUGUUGCUUGUUUUCUUUUCCAUUUGUCUGGAAUUUAGCAUGGUGUGGUGGGCUGUGAUGAUAUAGUAUGAAGUCUGGACGAUGGGAGCGAAUAAUGGCAAACAGUGUGGCAGUGAGGGCAAAGGCAGCUCAAGCAUCUCAUCCGACAUGAGUUCAAGUACGGAUCACACACCAACCAAAGCCAGGAGGAAUGCAGCUACCAGUGAAGAUUCAGACUUGAGUAUGCGGACAUUGAGCACACCAAGCCCUGCACUAAUCUGCCCUCAGAAUACCCAGUCUUUUCAAAAUGGCCAAGGAUCCUCCACAUCAUCUUCCUCGAAUACAGGAGAGACCAUUGCUAUGAUUCACUCCCAGCCAGUGUUCUUUAUACCCCAGUGUGCCAUCAGGCCAGCAUCAAGUUUGCAGAAAGAACAGGCACCCAUAGACAAGCUACCAGACCAAACCUUGAUCCAGAUGUUUUCACACCUUCCUACCAACCAGCUGUGUCUUUGUGCACGAGUUUGCCGUCGCUGGUACAAUCUGUGCUGGGACCCUCGAUUGUGGAGGACUAUUCGUCUGACAGGUGAAACAAUGAAUGUGGACAGAGCUCUCCGGGUUCUUACCCGAAGGUUGUGUCAGGAUACGCCCAAUGUAUGCCUUAUGUUGGAAACGGUCAUUGUUCAAAGCUGCAGGCGGCUUACAGACAGAGGUCUCUACACCAUUGCUCAGUGCUGUCCGGAACUACGACAGCUAGAAGUGCCAGGUUGUUACAACAUUUCCAAUGAAGCACUCUAUGACGUUGUUUCACGGUGUCCCAACCUGGAGUACCUGGAUGUUUCAGGUUGUUCCAAAAUAACCUGCAUUAGUCUGACAAGGGAAGCUUCCAUCAAACUCUCUCCACUUCACGGGAAACAAAUCUCCAUACGCUACUUGAAUAUGACAGAUUGCUUUGUACUUGAAGACGAAGGGUUGCAUACGAUAGCAGCUCACUGCACCCAACUGACCCACCUUUACCUGCGUAGAUGUGUACGUGUCACAGACGAGGGCCUCCGCUACCUGAUGCUUUAUUGCACAACAAUCAAAGAACUAAGUGUCAGUGACUGCCGUGCUGUGAGUGAUUUUGGAAUGAGAGAGGUGGCAAAAUUGGAAGCACAUCUGAAGUAUCUCAGCAUUGCUCACUGUGGCCGGAUCACAGACGUGGGUAUCCGUUACAUUGCCAAGUAUUGCAGUAAACUGCGUUAUCUGAAUGCUCGGGGUUGUGAAGGAAUAACUGACCAUGGAAUUGAGUACCUUGCCAAAAAUUGCACAAAACUGAAGGCUCUGGAUAUUGGGAAGUGUCCAUUAGUUUCCGAUGCAGGCAUGGAGUUUUUAGCGUUAAACUGUUACAACCUGAAGCGGCUGAGUCUUAAGUCCUGCGAAAGCAUCACUGGCCGCGGUUUAAAGAUUGUCGCCGCUAACUGCUUCGAGCUUCAGAUGUUGAACGUACAGGACUGUGACAUCUCUGUUGAGGCACUGCGAUUUGUCAAACGCCAUUGCAAAAGAUGCAUUAUAGAACACACCAAUCCGUCCUUCUUCUGACAAAACGUUCAACAACGAAUUGGAACAGACCAUCGAUUGUAAAAACAGAUUUUAUCUCAUUUUCCUUCUCCUCAAUCCAAAUAUUUAGUUGGCUUCCACAAUGUAAAAUUAUUACCCUGCUAUGACAGAAAGUCAUGGUAAUGAUGUUUUUUUCUUUUCUCUCCUGUAUUCUUGAAUGCCAGAUCAACAAAGUAGAUAUCCAAAGGCAUAAACUAAAUACAUUCAAACUUUUUAAGUUGCUGGAAUAAUUUAUCAUUUGUGACAUUAUUACUAAAGUCUGCCGCUGGGAAUGAAAAUGGAAAAAUUCAGCACAACACUUGCCUCCUCCUUCUUUUCAAUUUUUUUUUAAAUGGAGCACUAUGUUUUACAUGACAGCCCAUCAUAAUAUUAGAUCCUGAUGGGGAGGGAUACCGUCACUUUGAUUGUUAUAACAUGAAGAUUCUAAAUAACAUUGCAUUCCCAUGUUUUUAUUUCAUUUAAAUAAUAAAAAAGCGUAAUAAUCCUAACUAAAAAGUAAUGCACUUAUUGUUCUGGUAUCUUCACAAUCAGCUAAACUUAACCACAUGUUGUGCUAACAAGGUGUAGAGCUGGGUGAACACAGCAGGCCAAGCAUCAUCAGAUGAGCAGGAAGGCUGAUGUUGCAGACCUAGACCCUUCUUCAGAAAAAAAACAUUGUCACAGGUGGGGCCAAAUUGGGAAGGCUUGAAUGUGGACUGUAAUCCAUUGGGGAUGUUCUGGUUCCAUAGGCAGGUACUAAGAAAGGUGAUGUGGCUGUAGUACCUGGUUUGCUUCAGGACGUGGUCUAGCAGUUUCAAAGCUAAAGAGAUUACAAGAGCGUUUCAGUGAGAGAGAGGUCCACUGAGGUUUUUCCGGAGGGAGGAGGGUAACUUCUUCAGGGUAGGCAUCCUUAGAAGAGGCUUCGCAGUGGGGUUAAAACUGUUUCAGAGAUAUUAGGAACUGCAGAU